CAAGAACCCACGUGAGUUAUCAUUCGAUGAGACAGUCACCGUUUUAUCACAAAUCUUUGGUGAACAGUCAUCCAUGUUUAAUAUUCGGUAUCAAUGUUUUCAGUUGACAAAAAUGCCUUCCGAUGAUUAUGUGACUUACGCUGGCAAAGUGAACAAGGAAUGUGAAAGGUUCAAACCACACGAAAUGACAUCAGAUCAGUUCAAGUGUUUGAUUUUUAUUUGUGGGUUGAAGAACCCAGAAGAUACUGACAUACGAACUCGACUUCUGUCACUUGUGGAACAAGACCCGAAAAUGACUUUACAAAUGGUGACAGCAGAAUGCCUACGUUUAAUCAACUUGAAGCACGAUACUGCUAUGGUGGAGUGCAAACGACAGUCGUCUGAAUUUGGUUCGAUUAACACAGUGAAAAGUCCUCCGAUCACCGUUAAGCACACAGAACGUCAGUCUCAAAAUUCAGCUAAACCUCCUUCAGUGUGCUGGCACUGUGGUUCGUGGCAUUUUGUCAAGUUCUGUCCUUUCAAGAAGCAUAAAUGCCGUAAUUGUCACCGUUUUGGACAUAAGGAGGGUUACUGUCCACCGCAGAAAAAUUCUUCGGUGAGGAACAGAAGUAGUCGUUUCAAGCCGAAACAAUCUCCUCGAGUACAGACCAUUUAUACAACUUCCAAAGUCGAGUUCGCCAGCAAACGUAAGUACAUAACACUAGAUAUUAACGGCAAACGUAUUCGUCUUCAGUUGGAUACGGCAUCAGAUAUCACCGUAAUUUCCCGAACUACGUGGCGCAAACUUGGUUGCCCACAGAUUCUGCCGACCGAGCAUGUCGCCAAGAAUGUCUCUGGAGAUAUACUGAAACUUGUGGGUGAGAUCAAUUGCCAGGUUCAGUUUGGUGAGCAUCACUUCAAUGGUGUAUGUUACGUUACAAACUACCAUGAUUUGGAUUUGCUUGGUCUUGACUGGUUAGACAAGCUCCAUAUCUUUAAUGUACCAUUAAAUUCAGUAUGCUCUAAUGUUUCGUCUUCACCACACAACGUUGUUCCCGGAGAUGUAUCUGAUCAAUCUCUCUUGCAACGCCGUCGUCAAAAGCACGCUUCUGUCUUCCAGGACAAACUUGGUUGCUGCAAACUGUUUGGCAUCCAGCAUAUUCGUAGCCCCCCGUAUCAUCCCCAAUCGAAUGGACAGACUGAACGUUUCGUCGACACCUUUAAGCGUGCUUAUGCAAAAGCGAAGGGGGAGGGAACAACAGAAGAAAUUUUGGAUAAAUUCUUGCUGCAUUAUCGUACGAAUGAAAAAGGACAGUUAUGUGUCAGACACACAGAUCACGCUCUAUCCAGUACCACGCAAAGGUCAACUCGACAAAGAAGAGCUCCGAAACCUUUUCAAAUAGAUCCAAAAAGCAAGUCCUACACUCUUUACGGGGGAGGUGAUAGGAUCCCACAUAUUUUGGUAUUGACUGUUUAAUCUUGCAUAUAUGGUAUGUUAUCAUUCUCACACAUUUUGGUAGUGACUGCUAAUUUUGUAUAUAUGGUAUAUUAUCAUUCCCACACAUUUUGUUACUGACUGUCAACCUCGCACAUAUGGUAUAUUAUCAUCUCUCACGCACUUUGUUAUUGGCUAUUAAGAUAAAUUAUUUCAAAUGCUGUUAGCUGUCCAUAUUGUUGUAAAAUGUAUAAAUACCAUGGCUUUCUUUAUCGUUGUUGCACUUCAAUACACAGUCACAGUCCAGCCUUUGUCUUUUGAUAUUUGCGUGCUGCACUAAGGCGGAAGGUACGACGAGCAGAUAGACAGAUUAGUUCAGGCGCAGACAGAAUAAGGUGAAAACGUCUUCAUUCAAUUCCCUACGGUUAUAACACGGACACACCUGCUAACUUCAAUCAUUCUUCAAAUUAUAUACAUAUGUAGUUCUGAUGCUAUGAGGGAAGAGUUAAAUCUUCUAAGAAACAUCCUGGCAGAAAGUAGAUAUUCACCAUAUGUUUUAUAGACAAAAGUAUACAGUUAUAUAACUCAUGAAAUGUGAUAUAAUAUCUUUAUUCAAGAAAGUACUAUAUACGAAGCUUGAAUUCAAAGGUGACUUAGCUGUUUACACAUUUUUAAAAGAAGGAUCUUACAAUCGCUUCAGAAA